AUGUCUCAAUUCGGAGCUUACUACUUAACUGGAUUCAUGCUUGUAACCGCUGCUUUCUCUCAACAAUGCCGAUUACAAUUCGAUGCUCGUGUACCGCAAGGAACUAGUGUGGGAAGCUUCGACGUCAAAACAAGCUUAUUCCGUACUACAGAUGUAAUUGGCAAAGGUAGUUUAAAAUUCAGUGAAGUUAUAGAAUUACCUAAAUCCGGGGCAUCGCUCUUUGACGAAAAAACAAUUCCAUUUGAAGUUACUAUUUCUGAUAAAUCAAUAUUCAAUGAUCAAGUUGGAUUCCGACGCGCCGAAGUUCAACCUGUUAGUGUCACUGGUACUGACACUGAUCCUUCGAGCUUAGGAAUUAAAACCUUACAUUUCUCGCUGAAAUCUGAUCCCUUGAAAGCACUAAAUACUAGUCACGAGUACCAACUAGUUUUUAUGGAAGAUAGCGAUUUCUCUACGAAUCAGUUUGUCCUCAAGACUGGUUCCAUACUAGGCCAGAAACAAGAUCCCAAUGAUCUAGUACUAAUGGGAAAUGUUGAUGACGGUGAAAUCCUUUUCACUACACCCUUCACAGCCGGCGUAUUUCACAACUUUGCUUUAAAGCUGAACUUCGAUGACAAUCAAAUCUCCGUCUUCUAUUCCACUGGUGAUGAGGCCCUCAAAAGCGUGCUCACCGACACAGCAAAUGACUUAACUGGACAUGGAAUGUUCCAUUUCGGAUUAUUGAAGAAGCCCGUCGGUGAAGCUACAGAUAUUGCCAAAGGUGGUUUCCAACCAGAUGGUAUUGAUGAAGGCAUUAUCUACGGAGGUAUUUUUCAAGAAGAUUCAGUAGAUGGAUGCCUUAGCUCGACCGUAUAA